AUGCAGUCUGGCCUUCAGAGCGCCGUGCAGAGCGGCAGCACCAUGCAGCAAGGCCCGGCUUCCGAACUGACACAGGCAAUGGAUCCUCAAGCCAUGGCGGACGGCGUUCAUCAUCAGGCCUACGACGGGGGCCUCGCAAUGCAAGUCCUCUCAGAGGAAUCGGAACCUCCAGAAUCCCAACAGCCCUACAGCCCCCUCAACAUCCACGAUUUGCUGCCGAUCGAGGCGGCGCGCGUGCGCUUCCUGCACCUGAUUAUCGACCACUUCGUGACGUACCACAUCGUCCCCAUCUCCGAGGAGUCGCAGCUCGCAGCCUCGCACUCCCCGGGGGAGAGGAGGAAGCGCAGGGCGCGAGAGAUGGAGGACGGGCAGCCGCCAGUGGAGCAGCAGGUGAUCCGGCCGUCAUACGAGGGGGACCCGCGGCACCUGCUGCCGCUCAUCUUCCUGGCGAACGCGUACGAGACGCUGGUGGGCGAGGUGAACCAGCGCAUGGCAGAGAUGGACGUGCUGCGCGGCAAGACCAUGGGGCUCGCACUCGAGGCUGCUGGCGGGCUGUACCGCCGCAUGGUCGAGAAAUUCCCCAAGUCUGGCGCCGUGACCAUCUUCAGGCGAAGGGAGAUGGCGUCUGCUCUGGAGGCAAGGGCACGCUUCCCCCAGCUGGUGCUGGGGCGGGAUGACAAGCGCGUGCGGUUUAUUGUGGUGCAUGGGCUGGAGCUGGUGGAGCGACCCUCCACCAUGUCUCCUGACGACGCCGAGUGGUUCAAGCGCAUAACAGGGAGGCAUGAGGUGGCAAUAUACCCGCGGGACUUCAAGUACUUCACACCGCGACCCAAACCCCGGAGGGUGCCUCAGCCGUCUGUGUCAGCUGUGACUGUGGCUAACCCGGCCGAGCUCCCUGCCCCCAUGCACCACAUGGUAAGGACGGAUGGUGGGAGAGGGAGAUGGUGGGGGGGAGUGGCGGGGAGAGGAGAGGCUGGGUUGGGAAAGGAGUUGGUGGGUGCCUCAGCCGUCUGUGUCGGCUGUGACUGUGGCAAACCCGGCCGAGCUCCCUGCUCCCGUGCACCACAUGGCUAUGGUCAUGGCGGACUCAUCCCAGCAUCACCCAUCGGACCCAUCCAUGCAGCAACAGAUGCAGCAGGCAAUGUUAAUGACUCGUUGUAA